CCAACCCUCUGCUGCUGGGCUCAUUUUUGUUCCUUUGAUAUUCACGACUGAUAUCACUGAAUUGAGCAGCCAUCAUGUUUACCUUCAGGCGGCUGUUUACCACCGCCAUUGUCCUGGUGGUGGGACUGCUAUUCUUUGCCCGAACGGCCGAGGCCGUCAAGGGCCCCAAGAUCACCCACAAGGUCUACUUCGACAUCGAGCAAGGCGAUCAGAAGCUUGGCCGUAUCGUCAUGGGCCUCUACGGAAAGACUGUCCCCCAGACCACUGAGAACUUUCGAGCUCUUGCUACUGGCGAGAAGGGCUUUGGCUAUGAGGGAUCCACCUUUCACCGUGUUAUCAAGCAAUUCAUGAUCCAGGGUGGUGACUUCACCAAGGGCGAUGGCACCGGUGGCAAGUCGAUCUACGGCGACAGGUUCCCGGAUGAGAACUUCAAGCUGAAGCACACAAAGAAGGGUAUUCUGUCCAUGGCCAACGCUGGACCUGACACCAACGGCUCCCAGUUUUUCAUCACCACUGUUGUUACUUCAUGGCUCGAUGGCCGACACGUCGUCUUCGGCGAAGUUCUCGAGGGCUACGAUGUCGUUGAAAAGAUCGAAAACACUCCAACUGGCCCCGGCGACCGUCCCAAGGUGGAAGUCAGGAUUGCCAAGAGCGGCGAGCUGGCGGUUCCUCCCGAAGGUAUUCAUGUCGAGCUCUAAUAUCUUACAUCGUCACUCCAACUCUUCAAUCAGUCAAUCAAUCAAUCAAUUUUCCGUCACGGACGUGCUGAUGAAUUUGGUCUUCAAUCUCAGAGAUAUACGGUACGGCUGGCUGGGCCGCUGGGGCUUCCGACGGUGUUGAUGCAGCUGCGGC